AUGGGCGAGCACUCAGCAAUCUGGCAAAGCUAUGUCGACACCAGCCUGAUGGGCUCGUUUCAAUUCGACAAGGCCGGUAUUCUCGCCGCUGACUUCUCCGGUGUUGAGGCUGCCUCGCCCGGCUUCGCGCUCUCUCAGGAGGAGAUCAACUCCCUGAUCACCGCUUACACUUCUAGCGAGAAGGCCUUUUCCUCUGGCUUCUCUGUCUGCGGUGAGAAAUUUGUCACCAUCCGGGCUGACGAGCGCAGUCUAUAUGGCAAGAAGGGUAAGGAGGGUGUCAUUAUUGCCCGUGCCUCCUCUUGCACCAUCAUCGGCCACCACGGCGAGAAUGUCCAGACUACCAACGCGGCGACCGUUGUCGAGAACCUCGUUGAUUACCUCAACAACCCCCGGUAA